GUUGCUGUCAUGUGACACACGCCACCACAAGAAAGCGGAAACGCAUCGUAGAGCGAGAGCUGGCUGUGUGGGGUAAGAUCCUUGCUCCUGAUAUCCUGAUGUAUGGGUUGUAUUUCAUUAUAUGACUCCAGCAGAAAACUCACAGAAAGGAGAGUGGUGUCAAACUACAAGACAGCCAGCAUGCAAGCAAGGCCUUGAUUGUCCUUGUUUGGCUACUCAUUUGUCUACUUCCUGAAGAGGCUGAAGCAUGCUGGCCUUGACACCUCAGUCCUUGCUUCCAUUAACAGCUGUGUUAUGGAGUGCAUCCUCACAUCAUGGUAUAUUGCAGUGGUGGAUACAGAGGACAGUUGACAGAUGGAUCAGGUGCUGUACUCAGUAGUACAAUUCCCUAAUGGUGGGACGGCCAUAGUUCUGCAGAGCUGGCUGAGAGAUAACACACUGCUAUGGCCACCCAAAAAAAUUCCACUUGCAAAGGCUUUGCAACAAAGGAUGGAGCCAGAUAGUACAUGGAUCACCUACAGCGAUGUCUGCCAACUAAUUACAUGUCAAACAUAUGAAGAAGCCAGACGAGGAGAACACAAGUACAACACCACCAUGUGUGCAACCGCUGAAAUUGAGUCAGAGGAGGAAAAAGAAGAAGAACGGGAGAAAAGGAAAACAAAGCCAAAUCCACUGUAUAUGGAUUCUGACUCUGAUGAGCCAUCUGGCGAAGUGAAGAAACCACGGGUUUUAUGCCUGCCUAAUGUCAGAGUUCCAGAAUCCUGGUCACAACUGGCAAGAAAUGAUAUGUUUGCAGGUGCCAGUGCAUCAAAUGCAUCAGCACAUGAACAAUUUCACCAUGAAAUGAUGGCAGCAUCCACUGGCGGCGCUGGGCCGUACCACCAGCUGCAGGUCCCACAGAAGGAAGGCGGCGCUGGGCCGGCGCUGGGCCGUACCACCAGCUGCAGGUCCCACAGAAGGAGGGCGGCGCUGGGCCGUACCACCAGCUGCAGGUCCCACAGAAGGAGGGCGGCGCUGGGCCGUACCACCAGCUGCAGGUCCCACAGAGAGAGGGUGCCAGUAUAUUUCAUAUUUCGUGCCCCACAAGGUGAAAACGGGCAGCUUUUGAAAGACCUCGCCAUCCAAAAGAUGACAGGGAUGCUUGCCGAAGUGCUAGUGGUGGUGAAGGAACUUUCGUGAGAUGUGCAGUUCAUCAUGGGGGAAAUGGCCGAGGGUAGAACCCCAGCUAGUGGACCAGCCACAAGCCAAGAGCCGUUCCCCGUCCAGCUGCCCAUCACAAACGAGGAGGACUUUAAUGAGGCCGAAGCCCUCUUAAAAACAGAGGCAGUCCGACAAAAGAUGAUUGCCCGCUUGGCCAUGGUGGGAGGCACCAGCUCGAUGCUGGCAGCAGCCUUAACAAACGGCCUGGCCUGUAAAUUUAGUUGGGCAGGGAAAGCAUACAAACACAGUGAGGCCAAGCUGCCAUUUAGGGACACUCGCCUGCAAGACUGCAUGUUUGUUGCUUCUCGGCAGUGUGACAGGAAGCUCACACAGCAGGCCUUCAGUGACAUUGUGAAGAACUGGCUACGUUACGCCCCUUGACGUGGAGGAGGCUUAAAGAAAAAUUAGAUUGUCCUCUUCAUAUGUGCUAUGGCCCUGCACACAUACAAGCCCACUCACACACACACAUAGCAUCACCCCCUUGUUCUUCAUGUUUUGUUUGUU